AUGUCACCCCCUCAGUUACCCAAGUUGAACACCAACUUAUCACCAGUGGAACCAAAUUCAAAUUUGAAUUUGAAUCAAAAUUUAAGUCCAUUAAAUUAUCAUAAUCGGUCGAGAGCAGGGACAAAUCUGAGUGCUCGCUCUGGCGAUUCGGCCAAUUAUUCCUUUAGUGCUUCGCCCAAUGCCACUAGUAAUAAGCGAAGCUUGAGUGAUAAGGUUAAGGCUACUCCUUCGUCUUUGGUUAGACAGCUGAGAAUAUACUCAUCUUCAUCGCCACAGCCCAACGAGUAUGAGGCAGGAGCAUUGAGUCCCAACUCCAUUACCCCGAAUCCCUUGACCAAGUCCAAUUCAUUAUUGGACCAGAAUAAGUUCAUCUCGCAAAAUUUACCUCCUGAAUUGAGUCCAAUUGUCAAUUUAAUCAAUGCACAGAAAUUGAGAACCUAUUGUAUUGGUAGUUUUAAGAUUCCUUCUCCUUCGGGUCCAAAUGAUUUUUUGGAUGUGGAGGCCAAGUUAACCGGGAUUGAGUUGGCUAUUUGGAGAAAUUCCACCACCAAUGAUGAAUUUAAUCCAAAAUACAUCAAUUUGAUCGAUGUCAAGAUUGACUUGAAUGGAACAAGUUCAACUUUUAACCCCAAUCCUCAAUUACGCUUAUUGCAAGAUUUUACUAAUGAUUCUAGUAUGACCAUUCAUUUUAAUUCAAAUGAUGAUUAUAAUCGGUGGUUGGCUGCUAUUCAAUUGGCGAAGUUCGAAUACACUUCUCUUAAUGAAGCUUUCACUGCAGUCAUGCUUUCUUUAAAAGGAACCUCAUUAAGUGAUAUUCAUAUUCUUUUAACCCCUAAAAAAAGAUUCCCCAAGUUUGAAUGGUGCAAUUUACGUUUACCCCAAAUUUCUUCAAAAUGGUUAAAAGUUUACUGUGUUAUUUUCCCCGGGGAUUCAAAACAUAUUGGUAGAAUUGAAAUGUAUACCACGGAUAAGAUUCUGAAGAAGAAUUUGAUUUUAUGCAUUCCUCAAUUGAACUCGGUGUAUAACGUUUACCCGGAACACUAUAACAUGAUUGAUUUUAAUUCAAUUAUGAAAUUAAAUGGUGAUAUUUUCAUUAAUAAAAACUAUGAACAUUUAUUUGUUCAUUCGGAUCUGGGUCAAUCCACCCCAAUUGGCCGCUCAUUGUCUUUUAAAUCACACCUGAGAAAUAACUCAACCAAUUCCUUAUCCUCUUUAAAUCAAUCAAAUGGUCAUCAAAGAAGUGUUUCCAUCAAUUCUACUCAAUCUUUUUUCACUAGUGCUACAAGUGGUGUUCCUAAUUCUCCUAAAGUUGAUGAGUCUCCUAAGAAAAAAUCCAUCAAAUCUUCUUUCAAAUUGAAAAAUCUUUCUAAUUUUGUCACUACAAACUACUUAUAUCUCAUGCCCAUUCCUCAUCCUGGGGUUUCGGCUAUUGAAAUCAUGUUACGUAACUUUAUUCAUAUUAUUGAUGCUUUCAAAUUAUAUGGACGCCCCAAUCAUUUAAUUAGUGAUAAAUCAAAUAUCGAAUCGCUUUUAUUUGGUUUACCUUCUUUACCCCAUUUCCAAUAUUUAUCAAUGGAUGAUUGUUACUAUAAUGUUACUUCAUCAAUUGAUGUUGCCAAACGGGAAAAUUGGAAUGAUUUUGAUUGGAGAAAUUUAUUGAAGAAAUUAUUAUCCCAAAAAUUUGAUGAAGGUUUUGCCAGAAAUUCAAAAUAUAAGGGCCAAGGUAACAUAAUGAAAUUAUACCAAGAUUUAGAAGUGGAUUCAAAUGAAAUUAACGAUUAUGAAACCAUUGCAAGUCCCAAAAUUAAUUUACCUCAAGAUAACGGUCAAUUCAACUUACCAAACAAUGAUCAAAAUCAAUAUUCAAAUAUUAAUUCAAUCACCAACGAUGAAUUAUUAAAUCCGGCCCAUGAAUUUGAUGGCUUUAGUGAUGGCGGAAUGAGUCCUUCUAAUUCCCAAUCUAAUUCGGUUGGAUUGGGAGAUCCAAUUGAAUUCAAUCGCCAACAAGCGCUUGCUCAACACCAAUCUAGUGGAUUGGAACCAAUUGCUGAUUACCCAACUCCCAUUGAUGAAAGCCAUCCCUAUCAGAAUUUAGUGAAUAUGAAAAUCCGUGAUUAA